AUGCUUUUGAACUUGACCCCAACUGGAAUCUGCGCAUGGAAAGAGAAGACAUGGAAGAAAUGCAAACCUUUCUAUGUUUUUGCCAUUACAGGAAGCACGAAUCGGUCUCGUCACUUGGCUGAGCACUGGGGGGCUUUGGAGGUAGACAUGAUCUGCAAAAGUUGCAAGUUUUCUCACAUGAAACUGAAUCUUAUGCGAGACAAGGACAUUAAAGAAGGAGUGUCCAUGAUUCUAGGAGCAGUUGGUUGGGGUAGGAUCGUUGAGCCAAGGGUUUUGACUUGGAACUCCCAGUCUCAGUAUGCUGAAGAGCCUGGUUAUACGUUUAGUGCAAGGACAAAAACCUCAAGACCAGCAGAGGGGUUCUACAAUUGUGGGCCUAUUGCUCUGGACUUCAUGUUUGAAAACCUUGGGGUCUAUGCCGCGAACGGGAUAGAUGGUGUCUCGAAUGUCCGCGAAAAGGUCCUCCGAGGCAUCAUUUCUUUGUUGCAAGAACCUGUGGAGGCUGGGAAGAUUGUGACCACUCACGAAAACUGGGAGCUUCAACGGCGUCUAAUGGGGUCCGUUUUCCGUGCGAACUCAGGGCUGUACAAUUUUGCUAGGGACCCGAGUUGUAUUGUUUGUCACAAUACAACAACAUGCCAUGGUUGCGUGGUUGCCCUGCCGCGUUGUGGGAAAAGGAUCCAUGCUGAUUGUCAGAUAAGUAAUAUGGCUACGAGGGAAUCAUCCAAUGGCCCUCGAAACAGCCAUGGUCUUGCGGCAAAAUGUAUGUACUGUUCUGUCACACUGGAUGGUUUCUUUGGUAUCAGCUACAGGCCCGACGAGGAUGUUGUUUUGGGGCAAGUAAGCUAUUAUCCCUUUUCAGGAAGCCCAUAUGAAACCAAUGCCAACGCAUGUUUGGUGCUGGGCAGCGGCGCAGAACGAGAACGUAUUGCAGCUGAAAGAAGGGACCAGCUUGAGUCAGCAGCGCUUGGUUGUGGGGAGGGGACGCUAAGAGCCCCACGCCCUGAUGCUCCGAGUGUAAACAGAGAGGUCGACAUCAAAAACGCAGUGGAUGCUUUAACCUCUGUAGCAGAGGAGGUGGAAAUGGGCGUGAGUGCUGCAGAGGAGGAGGUUAGGAAGGCCGAACACCGUAGAGAUGAGGCAACGCAGCGUAGGAAUGCAGUGAGCGACUCGAUCCAACGCGCAGUGGCUGCAACGUCCCCAUUGGUUCAGAACCAAUCUCCUUGGAUUCAGCGACGAGGCCUCUUGCGUCGUUCAUCAAACCCACGUCCUUCGGCGAGAAGACACCUUCUCGCCCAACUGUUAGAAUAA